CAGUGCUGGAGUUUAUUAAAGGGGUGCAGCACUAUUCUCUCUCUCUCGCUCUCUGUCUGUGCGUCUCCAUCAGCGGUUCAGUCAUUGCAGCAGUGCGUUACAAAGCCCUGGUCGGGUGUCCUGCGUCUGUCACCCGCUGAGACCCACUGUGAAACUCUCAGGCUUGUCGGUUUGGAUGAGCACUUGAGUCUUGUUUAGUAUAAAGGGGGUUCUCAAAGCAUUAUUGUUGUUACUGAUUCCUCUACAGUGCAGGAGCUGUAGUUUUAUCCAGAACAAUACAAAGGAAAAGAGCUGUACAAACAGUAUUGAGUUCAGUUUGGACCAACACCAUACAGGAUUAUUUUAUAUAUUUAAUCUCCAUCAAAAGUUCCUGAUCAUGUCUUUUGUCGCUGAUCUGUACAGAGGAGGACCUAAUGCAGGUAUGACAGAGUUUCAGGAGAAGCAGAGGUUGCAGCAUGAGACCUCCAUGCACUCAGAGCUGGAGAAACUCUUGACCACUGCUAAGUCACCGGAGGUGGAGAUCUCCAGAAAGGACUUUGAGGGCUUCAAGAAGCUCUUUCACCGUUUCCUUCAGGAGAAGGGACCUUCUAUAGACUGGGCCAAGAUCCAGAGACCACCCGAAGACUCGAUCCAGCCCUAUGAGAAGAUCAAGUUGAAGGGUCUUCCUGCCGAUGUGGCGUCCAGUCUAAAUAAACUCGCUGUGGUGAAGCUCAAUGGAGGUCUCGGCACCAGCAUGGGCUGCAAAGGACCCAAGAGUCUCAUCAGCGUCCGCAAUGAAAACACGUUCCUGGACCUGACUGUACAGCAGAUUGAGCAUUUAAAUAAGAAGUAUAAUGCAGAUGUUCCCCUUGUGCUGAUGAAUUCCUUUAACACAGACGAGGACACCAAGAAGAUCUUACAGAAAUACACACAUCUCCGUGUCACGAUACACACUUUCAACCAGAGCAGGUAUCCCAGAAUCAAUAAGGAGUCUUUGUUGCCCGUGGCCACUAACAUGGGGCUGGAGGGUGAGAACGCAGAAGCCUGGUACCCACCUGGGCAUGGAGACAUCUACACCAGCUUUUACAACUCUGGUGUGCUGGACAAGCUCAUUGCGGAAGGGAAAGAGUACAUCUUUGUGUCCAACAUCGAUAAUCUGGGUGCCACGGUGGACCUGAACAUUUUAAACCACCUGGUGAGCCAGCCGAGUGGCAAACGAUGCGAAUUCGUCAUGGAGGUCACCGAUAAGACGAGAGCUGACGUGAAGGGUGGUACGCUGACUCAGUAUGAUGGUAAACUCAGGCUGCUGGAGAUCGCUCAGGUGCCCAAAGCUCAUGUAGAUGAGUUUAAAUCUGUCACCAAGUUCAAGAUCUUCAACACCAACAAUCUGUGGAUCAGCCUGCCGGCCAUUAAAAGACUUCACGAACAGAACGCGAUGGACAUGGAAAUAAUCGUGAACCCCAAGACUCUAGAUGGCGGUCUGAAUGUGAUUCAGCUGGAGACUGCGGUGGGUGCUGCCAUGAAGAGCUUCGACAACGUGCUGGGUAUCAACGUGCCUCGCAGCCGCUUCCUGCCCGUCAAAACCACUUCUGACCUCCUAUUGGUCAUGUCCAACUUGUACAGUAUGGAUACAGGGUCUCUGACCAUGAGCCCCAAGAGAGAAUUUCCCACAACACCUCAUGUCAAACUGGGCAGCUCCUUCACAAAGGUUCGGGACUUCCUAAAAAGGUUUGAGAGCAUUCCUGACAUGCUGGAAUUGGAUCACCUGACUGUAUCGGGAGAUGUUACCUUUGGAAAACAAGUCACUCUCAAGGGUACUGUUAUCAUUAUUGCUAAUCAUGGAGACAGAAUUGAUAUCCCAGCUGGAGCGAUGCUGGAGAACAAGAUCGUUUCAGGAAACCUGCGCAUUCUGGACCAUUGAAGCCUUUACAACCAAACACAACUGUUACACAGCAAUUCACCUGGACUGUUACUGGGCAUAUACUGUGUGUGUCUGUGUGUGUCUGUGUGUGUCUGUGUGUCUGUGUGUGUGUGUGUGUGUGUGUGUGUGUGUGUGUGUGUGUGUGUGUGUGUCAGAUAUACAGUAUGAGUGUCACCUGAAAUGCAUAUCCAUAUGAUUA